GAAUGUAAGAACAUUCAUUACUUGUUUUACAUAACGGCUAAAUAGAUCCUUGUCAUUUGAUGUGUUAUUAACUUAUAAACAACUGAAAAGGGACUUAUUUGGUGUUCAUCACUGGUGCUUUAAUGUCAACAGUCUAACACAAACUUUAAAUAGGAAUCCAGAAUUGUUCUCAGUCAACUUGGAAAAACUACUAGAUAGUUUGAAAAUAAUUCUGAUGGUGUUGUCCAUGAUGUCCUGCACUGACUUUGUGGACUUCACCUCAUUGAAUGGAACAUUCCAUCAUUCACCUCAUGACAUAUUUUUACCAUUGAACUCAUAAACAUUCAUUAUUUGUAUACUACUGACCUAAAUGGACUGUGGGAGCUCUUCCAUAACCAGACCUUAAAUCUUGAAAGGGUUUGCCGAACACAACAACACAAUGAAGUUCAAAUGAAACAACUGAGACAUUCUUAUUGUGUCAGAUUUCACCGUUAUUUAAAGGGUUUCACAAAAAUAUCACUGACCAUUUAGGAAUGAUCAUUUUUAAUGCAAUUUCAUGCUAUUUAAUACUAAGUUAAUAAAAAAUUAACAUCUGUCUCAUACAACACAUAUAGUUUCAUUUCAACUACAUUGUGGUUGGUACACAAGAAGAAUUACAAAGUUGCUGUCACUGUCCAAAUACUUAUGGACCUGGCUAUUCUUCCAAGAGGUCCAGAUGAGCAGGUGGUCUGCCUGGGUGGUUCAUGAUUAGGACCAGGUGCAGGUCAGUAGUAGUAAUAUGUCCACAUUAGACCUGUUCAAAAUGUCAAAUGUUACAAAGUCUUUUGGCCACACGUUGUUCUUGUUCCACUAAUAAAAUAAAAGAUCUGUGUCAGAUCUUAUUGUAAUGGGAUAUUGGUUUGGGGUCCCCAAGCAAUGUGGUAAUCCAGGAAUUCCUGUAAUGUUCUCCUCUGGGUGACCAACCAACCACCACUUUUUGUGAUUAGAAGCCGUCACAUGUUCCUGUAAAAGAAAAAUAAUGGCGUGAGAGUCUUCUCCUGUUAGGUUGACGUUGUCUUGUCAGCAGAGGGAGAGGAACAUAUGUCACUCUGGAGGACCUCUAAAUCUUAUCUGAUUGAGUUCAGAUUUGGUCUGAACCUACAAGUAUAAAACCCCGAGUGGAACAUAAACAACAUGUGGCCUGAAGUCUCUCAGAACUUUUCUUUUUUUACUGUAUAACAUGAACAGCCCUAGUGCACAUGCUCCCUGACGCACCGAAAGGCAGGACCAACGCAGUGACAGCUUGUAGGACUUUGUCUUCAACAAGCACUGAAAUAAUGAACAGCACGCUGAGAGCCUGGAGGCUCUCCAGGCUUUACCCCACCUCUUUCUGAAUGACCUCCGCCAUAGGCUCCACCCCCACAGUCCUUAAUUUGAAUGAGUGGGUAUAGAAAUAGACUGAAUGAAUGAAUGAAUGAUCAGGUUUCAUUGUACAGCUUUUAUUGAGCAGUCAAAGGCCUUGUGUUGAUGUGCUUGUGAUGUUGUUGUGGUCAGAUGAGCUGAAGUCCUUCAAAGAAGAAGGGAUCUGGAACUACUCCACCAUGCUGAUGCGAGAGGACCUGGGUGUGCUGCUGCUGGGGGCCAGAGAGGCCGUCUACGUCGUGGACAUCAAUGACAUAUCUGUCAGAAAGGCUGCGGUGUACUGGAGUGUUCCCAUGAAGAAGCAGAGGGAGUGCACACACAAAGGAAAGCACGCAGAGGUGGAAUGUCGAAACUAUAUUCGAACCCUGCACCCAGUCAAUGACUCCACAAUGUACAUAUGUGGUACAAAUGCUUUCAGCCCCACCUGUGAUUAUCUGUCAUAUGAGAAUGGAGAGCUGAGACUAAUGAGAAAAGAGGAAGAGGGAAAGGGCAAGUGUCCCUUUGACCCCUCACAGCGGUACUGCUCCCUAAUGGUUGGAAAUGACUUGUACUCAGCUACUUCCAUCAACUUCCUGGGCUCUGAGCCAGUGGUCCUGCGCAGCUCUGCCGUGACAGUCCGUACUGAGUUUAAGAGCUCCUGGCUGAACGAGCCAAGCUUUGUCUACAUGGAUGUUGUGACUGAGAGCAUGGACAGUGCUGACGGCGAUGACGAUAAGGUCUGUUUGUUCUUCAGUGAGAACGCCAUCGAAUACGAGUUCUACAGGAAGGUGGUGGUGUCUCGAGUGGCCCGUGUCUGCAAGGGUGAUGUGGGAGGACAGCGGACACUGCAGAAGAAAUGGACAUCAUUUUUGAAGGCCCGUCUGGAUUGCUCACUCCCAGACGCCAGCCUGCCCAGUAUUGUCCAAGAUGUGUUCCUGCUGAAGCAUGAAGACUGGAGGGAGAACAUCUUUUAUGCAGUUUUCACUCCACAGUCGACUUUGUCCCAAAUAUCCACAGUGUGCGCCUACAGCAUGUCUGCCAUCAGAGACAUUUUCAGUGAGGGCAGAUUUAAGACAUCUGUUGCUGUGGAGAUGUCCCAUAUCAAGUGGGUGAUGUACACUGGGGAGGUGCCUGUGCCCCGACCAGGAGCUUGCAUCAACGAUGCCUCCCGCAAAAUGGGCGUGAAGCACUCCCUGGAACUUCCUGACAAAACCCUCCAAUUCAUCAGGGACCGGCCCCUCAUGGACGAGGCAGUCCGCCCGCUGAUGGGAGGACCCCUGCUGCUCAGAAAGGGGGCGCUGCUGACCCGGAUUGUGGUGGAAAGCGUGCUGGCACUGGACAGACACAGACAUCCUGUCAUGUUCAUUGGCACGGAAAAUGGUUACAUUCAGAAGGCCGUUAACUAUGACGGAGAGAUGUUCAUCAUUGAAGAGAUUCAGUUGUUCCACCUGUCAGAGCCCAUCAGCAUCCUCCGUCUCUCCUCCAGCAAGGGCCAGCUGUAUGCAGGUUCUAACCUCGGUGUUGUUCAGGUCCCGGUUUGUAACUGCAGCUCUUACCGGAUUUGUGUGGACUGCGUCCUGGCCCGGGAUCCUUACUGUGCCUGGGACCUGUCCUCUCAGUGCUGCUCCUCAGUUAGCAGCUUAGCUUCCUCCUCAAAUGCUGUGGUCCAGAGUCUGCAGGACGGAGACGUUUCUCUGUGUCCUCAACCAGAUCCGGUCCCAGUGGCAGACUUUACUCUGGUUCCAGAGAACAACAUUCACCUACCGUGUCGGAGCCACUCCAACCUGGCGCAGGUCUUCUGGAGAUUCUCUGGUCAAGUACUUAACCCCAACAGCAAAUACUACAUUUACAGCGAAGGCCUCCUCAUCCUGAACGUGUCUGAGUCAGACGCGGGCCUGUACGCCUGUGACUCCGUGGAGUGGAUCAGUGGCAGAAUGUACAACCAGACCAUGAUGGUUUAUCACUUAUAGCCCGGCCCAGACCCAACAGAGGGGGGCAGCACCACUGCUGACCCCGACCUCAUGACCACACCUGCACUUGAGCAGGAGAACGGGGAAGCCCCCGAGAACCUCAGUGACAUGGGAAGGAUCAGCAGUCUGCAGACGGCCGUGGCUCUGCUCGCAGUGCUGUGUCUCUGCCUGACAAGUGGUGCCCUGUGGAUCUGGACUCAAAGACGCUCGGAAUAUUUAAAGUUUGUGCAGCACACCGGUGACACUGAGGUUAACUCAGCUAAUUACAUGCAGGUCAAGAGCAGACUGUCGGAGAGGAACCCUGCAGGUUCUGAGUCUGUGGGACUGAGCAGUCCCAACAGCAACCACUGUGCUGGCAGUGGCCACCAACACUUAACCUCCACGACCAGCAUUUCACAUCUGGAGGGGUUCAUCAAGGACGAGUCAGAGAUUUGAUUCUGACUCUCUCCAAAUAUCUCACAACCCACGUAUCCAAUCAAUCAAUCAAUCAACUUUUUUCUUAUAUAGCGCCAAAUCACAACAAACAGUUGCCCCAAGACGCUCCAUAUUGUAAGGCAAGGCCAUACAAUAAUUAUG